AGGCCUUCAAACAUCCUCAUUCGAGGUCUCAACUACAAUCUGAGGUCUGGUUACUCCUCGAGCCGUCAGCAUGACACCUAAUCUCGUUGAUGUCCAAUCUGCGCUUGGUAUCUACCUAUCUGGUUCCACUUCCUCCUCAACCUCCACUAUCUCGACGGAAAGCAAAUCCAACGAUGCAUCAAACAUCCCCAGCAUCAAUAGAAGCUCGGUAACUUCUUCAUCUGCCAGUGCAAUGCCGCCAGUAAAAUUCACCCUGUUCCCUAAAUUCCCACUCGAACUACGACUGAAAGUCUGGCGUGAAGCUAUCACACCACGCGUCAUCACCAUCUUAAGAGAUGAAUCGGCUGAUCGUGUUACUUGGAAAGCAACAACCUCUAGUGCCAUCGCUUUGCUCUCAGUCAACGUAGAGUCUCGUGCUGAAUCACUGAAGAUGUACGAGAAGCCUUUCGAUACAAGUGCUAUCCCAGGUCAGGAAUCCGAUCGCCGUGGACCAUGCUAUGUCAACUUUGCCCACGACUUGAUCUAUAUCAACUUCAUCCACCUCAAUUAUUGCUUCAAGGAGAUUUUCGUGGAGGGAAUGGUUGCCGCCGAAGAUCAAUUCAUGAACAUUGCGCUGGACGAGGACAGUCUGACAAGCAUUAAGACCGAGCUGUACUAUAUGAUCCAGGACAAGAAGUGGCAGCUGACACAUCCUGAUACACAGUUGGGUCCAUGGACAUGGGAGAGAAGUAGGCUACGAAAUGUCAGAGAGCUUGUCAUGGUUGUCGAUCCUUCGCCACAUGGCACGAACUCCAACAAUAAUACUCUCGGCGAUGAGACGCCUGACGGGAUAUUUAUCAAAAAGUCCACCGAGUUUGUCUUCGCUGCCUUCAAGGCCCUCCAUCCUAAUGUGAUCGUCCCCGAACUUAGCACAUGCUACCUACUACCGGAAUCUAAAUGAAAUGACGUCCGUCAUACUCAUCGAUCAAGCACCUGUACAAAUACUCCGAACAAUCGGCUGGGCGUAUACGAUUUUCUGUUGCAUCUUUGGGUGGACUACUCGGGCAGUCAUAUUUUCAUACACGAGGAAGCUCGGAUGAUGGAAAUAUUACCUUGGUGGAGCAUACUUGUACUCCUCUUAUGGAGCCGUCCGUCACAUCUGGAAAUAGGUGGCUGAUAUGAUUUCUUGAGUCUCUUAUCGACAUGGCAAAACGGAUUGGUUCUGCUCUCCUUAACAACUUGGUUUGACACUAAGGACAGCUUUGAAUUGAGGAUCAACCAAUUAGGGUUGGCCUGCUGUUCUCUCCCCACUCCACGAAUUAUGCUUCUAUACACUAAAAUCAUGGUAGGAGUACCCAAAUAAAAGCG